AUGGAUAUUCCUGUUCAAAUAGCUAUUCGGCUAAAGCCUCCCAGUAUUGCGGAUUCUCUUCAAUGUAUUUUUAGUAAUCCUGUAACCCAGAUUGUAAUCACAGAGAGUGGUCAAACUUUUCAUGUAAAUAGAGCAUUGCCAGUAGACUGUACGCAGGCCCAUCUUUUCAACUCAUUUAUGAUACCUCAGAUAAACUGUUUCUUAGAUGGUUGUGAUACAUCUGUUGUUGUAUUUGGUCAACCUAAAUCUGGAAAAACAUAUACAUUAUUUGGACCUGGUUUUGAAGUUAUUCACAGUGAAUGUGACCAAGGUGUUGUCCCGAGAUUUUUAUCUGAAAUAUUCCAUAGACUGGGUCAGAUGCCUGAGAGAGAGUACAUCUUGCACAUUACUUGGAUGCAAGUCGUCAAUAAUAAGAUUUUUGAUGUAUUAGGAGCUGGUUUAGUAAGAUGUACAAAUGUUGAAGAAGCCUUCCAAUAUUUACAAUUAGGUUGGCGUCAAAAAUGUCUCGGGAACAAUCAUACAGUGUUUACCGUAAGUAUGGAGCAAAAAUGGGUGGGAACAAAUGGGGUUCUGAACCAUAGAAUGUCCACUGCCAGUUUCUGUGACUUAGCAGCAUACCCAGAGCCUGGGCUAUAUGCAUUAGAAAAUAUAAUCAAGGAACUAAUAGCUGGAAACCCUCCAAAGCAAAUUAAUUAUGAUAGCUGUAUAUUAACAGCCAUGUUAAGAGAUUCAUUUGGUGGGAGAGCUUUCACUUGGGUUAUCGGUUGUAUUAGCACCGAGCCUGAUGAAUAUCAAGACACACUCAAGAUUUUAAACCUAUGCUUAUGCUGUCGAGGCAUUAAAAACUUUGUUACCGUUAACUUGUUUGCUGACAAUAAUACUCCUGUAUAUGCAGAUAAGAAUCCCGUCCAAACGGACAAUGCAUUUAAUUUGCAAUUUGCUACAGCUCAAUGGAUAAAGCUAGUGUCUAAUGCUGAAGGAUUAUUUAAUAGAAUAUUACAAUCAAAAUCAAUAUCGGAAACAGAUAUGAAUCAAGUCAGCGAAUGGUUGUUCUUGAAGGCUGAAUGUGAUGAGUGCUUGAAUAAUGAUAUAGUAACAGACAAUAAAGAGACAAAUAUGAAACAGGGUUUACCGAGGAUAGCCGAGGAUACUGAACCUAGUGAGCCAAGCGAAUCAGAUGAUGAAUCGGAUUCCGAAGACAGCAAUUCGGAAACAGUCUUCCAGGACAAACUGGAAAAAUUAAUGGAAUACUUUAGGGAGAAGAAUGAUCAGCUAUAUGCUGAUAGAUGUGAGGAGUACUUGAAUCAUAUUGAUUCUGAUGACAUAACCAUAUCGGAGACAAGUGGCUCCUUGUCACUGCCAGUCAUGACAUCACAGUCUAACUCAGGAAGACGAAGAACCAUUCAACCAGGGGAGAGCAUUUCAGGGGCACAAUUAGAAUUGUUAAGAAAGGUGGCAGCUAAAGCCAUAUCACCAGAAUCUCAGAAAAUAUUAAUAGAAUCUCACAAAAAAGAUAUUGAUCCCGAGCCUAAGUUAAUAGAAAGGGAACUGCUCAAAAUGAUCGACUCCCCAAAGACUAGCGAAAUAUGUAAAAAAUACAAAAUCACGAAAGAGAAGUACACGCAAAAACAAAUACUGGCAAGGAAGUUAUCAAAAGAAAUAAGCAGCAGUCAGACACAGUUGAAAGAAUUAAUAAACAUUUGUAUAUCAAAGCAGAGAUUGAUAGAUGAUCUAUCGAAAGCCGUAUCUCAUAACAGUGGGAACAAACCGUAUAUGGAUAAACUAGAAUCAGGCCUCGUAGAUCUAGACACUAUAAAGGAAAUAAAAAGACAUGAGAAUAAUUUAAAAACAUACAAAAAACAAAUAGACCAAAUAAAAAGACAAAUAAAGAAAGACGAGAAACGUAAAAACACUUUGGACGUCGAAUUAAUGAAAGACAAGUUGAAAUUAGACGAACUUUCAGAAUCUUCGGUUGACGUGAAAGAUAAAAAAUCGCAUUCGAUCAAACAUUUCACUAACAGAAUCACUCAAUUGGAUAGCAUCUUAAAAGAAAAGACUAACGAUCUGGCUAACUUGGAAUUAUCAAAAGAUAAGGAACUCCUUCUAAGGAAGGAGAUAAAGAAUUUACGAAAAACAAGAGAAUGUUUACACGAACAGCGCUGCAGUUUGGGCCAUAAAAGAAAAAUAUAUAAAUCAUUAUCAGAUUCCGAGGAACGUAAGUUACUAGAAUGUGAAGAGGCUAUAGAAGCGAUAGACACAGCUAUAGAGUAUAAAAACAAUUUGAUAUGCGGGAAAUCACCCUCGGCCUCUCUGUCAGAUUCACAAGACAAUAAGGACUCAAGAAGCAGAGGGGAGCAAAUGCUAAUGGCUAGGCUAGAUAAGUUGUCACAUGAUGAAAUGAAGACAUUAUUAUAUAGAUAUUUUCAAAAGGUCGUUGACCUCCGAGGUGCUUGUGCUGCAUUAGAGGCGGGUGCAGCAGCUGCUGCUGAAGAGGCUGCCGUGUGGCGUGGUCGAGCCGCUGCUGCAUGGAGACAUGCACACAGAUAUAAACCUGUUCAACACACGCGUUUCUUUGAUGGUUGUAAUGCUGACCGAGCCCUUUCCUUCGGCCUGACCACCGAUUCAGAAACCUCUGAUGACGCCCUCAGACUUGUAGAUCGUGUUAGACAACUGGCCAGGAAUCCACCCGCUCCUCCAGUGAUUCCAAGUCAGAAUCUGAGACAAUUAAUGCCAGCAACUAACCUUCCCAUAGCUAAAGUGACAAAGGAAAAGAACAAACUUGUGAUAAUACAACAGAACAAGAAGAAAUGA